AUGGGGUCUGUCUUUCUCGGCACCCUUCUCUUCUCUGUGGCCGCAGUCCAAGGAUAUCUGCCCUCUGAGCAGAUUGAUAUCCAGUCCAGCCUUCUCAAUGACCCGAGUAAGGUUGUCGGGACCACCGUUGACUACAUUAUUGCUGGGGGUGGCUUGACUGGUCUGACCGUUGCCGCCAAACUUACGGAGAACCCUAAAAUCAAAGUCCUAGUCAUCGAAAAAGGAUUUUAUGAGUCGAAUGAUGGACCGAUCAUCGAAGAUCCAAAUGCCUACGGCCAUAUCUUCGGCACCACUGUGGACCAGAACUACCUCACCGUUCCCAUGAUCAACAACCGUACUUACAAUAUCAAGUCCGGUAGUGGCCUCGGAGGAUCGACGUUGAUAAAUGGUGACUCCUGGACACGCCCAGACAAGGUUCAGAUUGACUCCUGGGAAAACGUCUUCGGCAUGGAAGGCUGGAACUGGGAUAGCAUGUUCGAGUAUAUGAAGAAAGCCGAGGUCUCACGUCCCCCUAAUGCUGCCCAAAUUGCCGCCGGUCACUACUUCAACGCUACCUGUCAUGGAUUCAACGGUACCGUACACGCCGGAGCCCGAGACAACGGCAAGACUUGGUCUCCCAUUAUGAAGGCCCUUAUGAAUACCACCUCAGCCCUCGGUGCUCCCGUUCAGCAAGAUCUUCUUUGCGGUCACCCCCGCGGUGUCUCUAUGAUCCUUAACAACGUUAAUGAAAAUCAAGUUCGGGCUGAUGCUGCCCGUGAAUGGCUGCUUCCUAACUAUCAGCGCCCCAACUUGAAGAUCUUAACUGGCCAGAUGGUCGGAAAGGUUCUCUUUAUUCAGACCGCUGCUGGUCCAAAGGCUAUUGGUGUGAAUUUCGGUACCAAUAAGGCCGUGAACUUUAAUGUCUAUGCCAAGCGUGAGGUCCUCUUGGCUGCCGGCUCCGCUAUAUCCCCACUGAUAUUGGAAUACUCUGGUAUUGGUUUGAAGACUGUCCUUGACCAGGCCAAUGUUACUCAGCUUGUCGAGCUUCCUGUUGGUCUCAAUAUGCAGGACCAGACCACUACCACCGUCAGUUCCCGUGCUAAUGCUGCCGGUGCGGGCCAGGGCCAGGCCGUCUUUUUUGCCAACUUCACCGAGACCUUCGGGGACUACUCCCCUCAGGCCAUUGAGCUGCUCAACACCAAGCUUGAUCAGUGGGCUGAGGAGACCGUUGCUCGCGGUGGUUUUCACAACGCAACUGCUCUUAAAGUUCAGUACGAGAACUACCGUCACUGGCUUCUGGACGAAGACGUUGCCUUCGCUGAGCUGUUCAUGGAUACUGAGGGCAAGAUUAAUUUUGACUUAUGGGAUCUCAUCCCUUUUACGCGUGGUUCUGUUCAUAUUCUCAGUAGCGACCCCUACCUAUGGCAAUACGCAAAUGAUCCUAAGUUCUUUAUGAACGAGCUCGACCUACUUGGUCAGGCUGCUGCUUCUAGGCUUGCACGUGAUCUCUCCACUAAAGGCGCCAUGAAGAAUUACUUUGCUGGAGAGACUAUUCCUGGAUACGAUUUGGCUGAUAACGCUACACUUUCCCAGUGGUCAGACUAUGUCUUUCAGAAUUUCCGUGCGAACUGGCAUGCUGUGAGCAGCUGUUCCAUGAUGUCUAAAGAGCUUGGUGGUGUUGUUGAUGCUACUGCAAAGGUGUACGGUACACAAGGUUUACGCGUUAUUGACGGCUCUAUCCCUCCCACUCAGGUGUCUUCUCACGUGAUGACUAUAUUCUACGGAAUGGCUUUGAAGAUUGCUGAUGCCAUCCUGGUAGACUAUGCCAAAUAG